CCGACCUGACCCCGCCCCUCGCUGUGUGCAGGGGCGCUCCAUGUGACGCUGAGCCCGGACACAAAAAUCCAGUAUGGCGGAAUCUGUCAGGAGAUGAAUUUUUCGCGGCCCCCUCCUCUUCUUGCUAAGCCGAGGAAAAGCCCGGGAGUUGGAGCAUGAGAGAGGACUAAACGCCGCGUGGGACCCACGUCCGGACGCCUGGUCGCCUCCGGGCCCGUUGUGUCGAGCUUCCGGUUGGCAUCAGCGAUUGAUGCUGUUGAUUGCAAUAGCAAAGAAUAAAACACAGCCUGCUGAUCUCUGUGCAUCAGAUCGAUAUCAUCUGCACACACAGGUGCUCGCCGACAUUACCUUCAGCAAUGACGUCACACAGUCAUCAAGAGGGGAUCCUGGGAAAGGAACAGCCACUGGAGGUUCUGAAGACGUCGGCGCUCAACCACAUCCCAACAGUGGACAUCAACUCAGCACUGCCCCUCCGCCUCCCCCCCGCCGCCAUCCCUAUGGAUCUGCGCAUGGACCAGCACCAACAGCAGCAGCAGGUGUCCCCGCUGUCUCCUCCCCGCCAGCAUUCCCCGCUAGGGGGAACAGGCCAGGCCGGCGGGGGCGUGGCCUCCGCUCCUGUGCGCGAGCAACAGCUGCAACAGGAGUUACUGACCCUGAAGCAGAAGCAGCAGAUCCAGAGGCAGAUCCUCAUCGCCGAGUUCCAACGGCAGGACGAGCAGCUUUCCCGCCAGCACGAGGCCCAGCUCCAGGAACACAUAAAGCAGCAACAGGAGCUGCUAGCGAUCAAGCACCAACAGGAGCUUCUAGAGCAUCAGAGGAAAAUGGAGAACCACCGUUUGGAGCAGGAGCUGGAGAAGCAGCAGCGCGAGCAGAAGCUGCUGCUGCUGAAGAACAAGGAGAGGGGGCAGGAGAGUGCGGUAGCCAGCACUGAGGUUAAGAAGCGUCUCCAGGAGUUUGUUCUCAACAAGAAAAAGGCCCUGGCUCAGCGGAGCUUCAACCAGGGCGGUCCCCUCAAUGAUGCCCCCUACUGGUACAGAAAAACGCAGCACAGCUCUCUGGACCAGAGCUCGCCUCCGCAGACUGGUAUGUCCACCUAUAACCACCCCGUGCUGGGCGUCUACAAUCCCCGGGAUGACUUUCCCCUUCGGAAAACAGCCUCUGAACCCAACUUGAAGCUGCGCUCCAGGCUGAAGCAGAAGGUCAGCGAGCGAAGGAGUAGUCCACUUCUUCGCCGUCGAGACAGUCCCAUCUCCUCUGCAAAAAAACGCUCCUUGGACAUAGCAGAUUCCGUGUGUAGCAGUGCCCCAGGCUCGGGCCCAAGCUCCCCGAACAACAGUUCCAACAACAUUCCCAACGAAAACGGCAUCACUGUGUCAGUCUCCAACAGCACUGAGAUAUCAAUGAGCCAGAGGCUGUGCAGUGGUGCUGAGCGGGGCUCUAUAAGCCAGCUGUCCCUCUACACCUCACCAUCUUUACCAAACAUCACGCUGGGCUUGCCUGCCACUGCCACCGCCACCGCUGCAUCCAAUGUGACAUCGGCGCAGCAGGAUGGCGUUUUGCAGCCGGCGCUCUCUCUCAGCCCUCCUUUCCUCUCCGGUGGCCACUUGACACAGUACCUGGCUGAGACAGCAGCAGGGACAGGCGGGCAUGGCGGGCACAGUCCGCUACUUCAGCACAUGGUACUCAUGGAGCAGAAUCCUGCACAGAGCCCCCUGGUGACAGGUGUCAGUGGCUUGUCUAUGUCGUCGGCAGCCUCCAUGGCCAAGCUGCAGAGGCAGCAUCGACCUCUGGGACGCACUCAGUCGGCACCGUUGCCCCAGGGAAGCGCUGCCCAGGCCCACGCACAGGCACUGGCCCUGCAACAGCUGGUGGUCCAGCAGCAACACCAACAAUUCCUGGAAAAGCACAAGCAACAGUUCCAGCAGCAGCAGCUCCAAUUCAACAAGGUAAGAAAGAUGAUAGCCAAGCCCAGCGAGUCGCCGGUGGGCCGACAGCACCAGAGCCACCCUGAGGAAACAGAGGAGGAGCUGAGAGAGCACCAAGCUGUUGGUGCCUUACCGCUAGGGGUCACCAUCAAGCAGGAGCCCCCUGACCCGCAAGAGCUGGAGGAGGAGGUGCUACAGCAGCACAGAGAGAGGCAGGCGGAACAGGAACUUCUCUUCAGACAGCAGGCCCUGUUGUUGGAACAGCAACGUAUUCACCAGCUGAGAAACUACCAGGCUUCCAUGGAAGCGGCCGGCCUAUCUAUCUCCUUCCCAGGACACCGCCCUCUUUCCCGGGCGCAGUCGUCUCCAGCUACAGCCUCCUCAUUUUCCAUCAGUGUCCCAUCCACUGAUCCGCCCGUCAAGCCACGCUUCACCACCGGUCUGGUGUAUGAUUCUCUCAUGCAGAAGCAUCAGUGCAUGUGUGGCAACACCAAUAGUCACCCAGAGCAUGCGGGGCGGAUCCAGAGCAUUUGGUCCCGUUUGCAGGAGACUGGACUGAGGGCGCAGUGCGAGUGCAUCCGCGGGAGGAAGGCCACUCUUGAGGAACUGCAGACCGUUCACUCUGAAGCCCACGUCUCGUUGUAUGGAACCAACCCUCUCCGGCAGAAACUUGAUUGUUCAAUCACUCCCAUGUUUGUGCGGCUACCAUGUGGCGGUGUGGGGGUGGACAGUGACACGAUCUGGAAUGAAGUCCACUCCUCCAGCGCAGCUCGCCUCGCUGUCGGCUCUGUCGUGGAGCUCGUCUUCAAAGUGGCCACCGGGGAACUGAAGAAUGGUUUCGCUGUGGUGCGACCUCCUGGACACCAUGCAGAGGAAAGCACUCCAAUGGGUUUUUGCUACUUCAACUCUGUAGCCAUCGCUGCCAAACUGCUGCAGCAGAGACUCAACAUUACCAGGAUCCUCAUCGUUGACUGGGAUGUUCACCAUGGGAACGGCACCCAACAGGCUUUCUACGAUGACCCCAACGUUCUUUACCUGUCCAUUCAUCGCUAUGACGACGGCAAUUUCUUCCCUGGAAGUGGGGCGCCUGAGGAGGUGGGAAGCGGCCUUGGAGUCGGGUUCAACGUCAAUGUCGCCUUCACUGGAGGCCUGGACCCGCCCAUGGGAGAUGCCGAGUACCUGGCUGCCUUCAGAUCAGUGGUGAUGCCGAUUGCCAAUGAGUUUGCCCCGGAUAUUGUGCUUGUGUCCUCUGGCUUCGAUGCCGUGGAAGGACACCCUCCACCACUGGGAGGUUACACUCUGACGUCCAAAUGUUUGGGAUUUCUGACCCGCCAACUGAUGAGCCUUGCUGGAGGCCGGUUAGUCCUGGCACUAGAGGGGGGUCAUGACCUCACUGCCAUCUGCGACGCUUCCGAGGCUUGUGUGGCUGCGCUGCUUGGACAGGAGUUGGACCCACUGGCCAAGGCCGUCCUGGAGCAGAGACCCAACCCUAAUGCUGUUCGCUCCCUAGAGAAAGUUCUGGAGACGCACUGUAAGUACUGGCGUUCAGUGCAUCGCCAAUCACCACUGCUGGGCCUCUCCCAUUUAGAGGCCAAGUGCGGAGAUUCGGAGGAAGCAGAGGCUGUCAGCGCCAUGGCUUCACUAUCUGUAGCCAACACAAGCGCUAUGGAUCACAGAGAGGAGGAGGAACCAAUGGAAGAGGAGGAACCACUGUAACCGGCGGGAAACACAACGGUGUCAGCAUUGACCUCUCCGGAGAAGACCUCUCUGAGAGUCUCGACUGAUCCCCUCAUUUAGUCCCUCCGACCUCGCGCACCACCUUGAUUGGCGGAGGCAGAGGGGGUGGGCUCAGCCUCAAGAGUAGGGAGCCAAUCAGGAGACCGAGGGCCGGACUACGGGGGUAAAAAAAAAAUAACAAAAACAUUGUUGCUUCACAGUCCUCGUGAGGAGACUUUUUUUUUUUUUUUUCUGUCAGUCUUUGCGCCCAACGUUGGCCUAGAGCGGCAGAAAGUUGUUUGGGGUUCGAAGCGAGGUCGGGCUAAGGUUCUCUGUGGAAACCUAAUGGUGCUUCACACAGCUGCCCUAUGACGCCACACUGUCCGAACACCAGGGUCCGCGCACAUCCCUGCUGUCAAUCACAGCUCGGCGGGGGGGUAUUCUUUUCUCAACGACUCCCCCGCCCCCCCGCCCCAAAUAAUUUACAAUACGCGUUCACUGUGGACUUUUCAGUCGGGGCCGCGCCGACUCGUACAAAGACUCGUUCGGGUCAGAGGUUCUGAGAGGAGUGCCUUGGUGAGGGUCCGCCGGAUUUCACGAUUGUUCAGGAAAAGUUUGCCUUAAGAUUUUCUUCUCCGGGAGGGACGAGAGCGAGGGACGACAAAGCAAACAAUCUCUCAGCAUGUUUACUCGGAACGUGGCUGCCACCGCCUCUCUUGAAGAGUCGUUUUACUUUUUUCCGGAUGGAUCUAUUUUUCUGCGGGGAUGGACGCGUUCGGUAAAGGUAGUUGCCAGCUUCAGUGGAAACACCCGUAGUUCAAUUAGCAACUGGUCUUAGCCUUAUGUAGCUUCCCUUUAAUCGAUGGCCGUGUAGUAGUCACGGAAGGAGACGCCCCCAUUGGGAAUGUGACGCAAAGAAAGCCAAAGCAUGAAUCUGCAUCCAACAAAUAUUUUACGGCACACGAGGAAAAGGCGGAAUCGAACAGACUCACGUUACUGUGCUGGCAACUACCUACUUACUCCGAAAAUCCAGUCUUGUAUAUAAAAUUGAGUAUAUUUUGUGAGGCGCCACGGCGUCUUCAUAUCGAUUUUUCCAAGUGUCCACUUUCUUUUCAAACUUUUUUUUUUCCCAUUCAUCAUAGAUUUGUUACUGGGUUUUUUUUUUUCAUCCGAUUUCUGGAUAGUUACAGGGCUGUCACAGGAUUCUUGUAUUUAUCAAAAGUAAAGAGCGCCUUUCUUUCUUUGUACGGCUCUCCAUCGAUUGUGUAUUUAUAAUGUACUGUUUAUAGAAGAUUUGUAUAUGGAAAUUUA